CCCAGGCCUAGGUCCGCCGCCUCGCCGACUUUAUCGUCGACGCCCUCUUCGACCACCUCGCACCCGCAUUACCUCAUAUACGACGAAGACGGGACCACGGCGGACCAGAAGAUAGAAGAGGAACGAACGGCCGCUAAUCUCGAUAGUGCCGCAACGCUACAAAACGAACAAAUAGUUUCCAGUACGGCCGGGAUCGGCGUUGGCGUUGGUAUAGGUGGAUCCGCUAACGCUACCACAGCCGCUGCCACGGGACUGGCCGGUUAUUGGCAACACGCAACCACGGCUACCAGUUACUGGCCAUCCCUCUUCGACUGCUGGACCACACCACCAAUCUCUUCCGGUUCUCAGAGUCUUUCUCUGCCUCGUGACGAUACUUAAAUCGUUUAUCUUAUUACGAGACUUAUCGUGCCGAAUUACGAUUCGCCGCCAGUGGCUCUUGAUAGUUCACUGAUUAUUUAUCUCUGGUAAAUGCAUCCUCUUCUUCUUCUUCUACUUCUUUUUUUUUAUUUUUUUUCUCUUCCCUCCCUCCUGCGCCCCUACCUCUUUCCCACCCUCAUUUCAUUCGUUCGGUGCCGACUGCACACAUCAGUGAAUUCUCGAAGGACUUUUAUAUAUUAUUUUGAGAUUAAAAAAAGGGACCCGUGCGUGCAAUAAUUUUCUUCAUCUUCGAGUGCAAUCUCUUCUCGUAUUCUUCUUUUUUCUUUUUUUUUUUUCUUCGCUUCAUCGGACAGGAGUACAAGUUGAGAGAGAAACGAAGAACACGGUGAAUCAGUGAACUUUACUACUCGUCGUUCCUCGUUAACCGUUUAGCUAAUCGACGCAUCGUUCGUAGGUGUGUAUGACACUUCCCGUGUGAUGGAAAGAACGAAAAAGAAACAGAAAAAGAAAGAUGAAAAUAUAUAUAUAAGAAAAAAAAAAUAAAAUAAAACGAAAGGAACAAACAAGUGUAUAAAAACGAAACGAAGAAGAAACGCUCAUCCCGACAGAUUAUCUUCGUUCGUUCGCGAAGUGUCUCGGUAGCUUCGGCUAGCGCCUUUCGACGAUCAUUCGCGUCGUUUUAGGAGAUGAUCGACCCUAAUCAUUAAUCGUCCUCUUUCAGAGAGAAUAUAAAUAUCGACUCAUCGGUAUAAUUUUUUAAUGAGGGUUUGUUUCUGUGUAACCAAAAAUAAAAAAAGAAAAGAAAAGAUAGGUAGAAGAAAGAAAAAAGAAGAAAAAUAGAAAAAUGUAUAAAGAAAGAAAGAAACAAACAAACAAAAAUCAAAAAAUUUCACCGAUACCUUAAUUUGACUCCUUAAACGACAUUAUCGAUCGUGAAAGACCGAUGAGCGGUGUAUCGAGACGGAUAACGAGGAUCACACAAGGCGAGCUCACCUAUUCAUUAUUCUCUGUAGAUACAUGUAUAGUAGACGCUGAUUUAAUGCAAAGCCUAAGUGUAUACCAAAAUCGUGUAUAUCGACGACGACGAUGAUUAUUAUAAUAACGAUGAUGAUGACGAUUGACGACGAUGACAAUGGUCAUGAAGGUAAUAAUGAUUAUAAUAAUGAUUACGACGACGACGAUGAUAAGAAUGUUGAUGAUAGUGAUUAUUACGAUUAUGAUAAUAAUGAUGAUGAUGAUAAUGAUGAUGAUGAUGAUGAUGAUAAUGAUGAUGAUGAUGAUGAUGAUGAUGAUGAUGAUGAUGAUGAUGAUGAUGAUGAUGA